GAGAUGCCUUGAGUGCGACGUGCUCACACUUAAUAUUAUUACUACAACAAAAACAUAACUCCAAGUACGUCACUGCUGCCGGCCUAAAUGACGCGUGUGUGGUUGUUUCACGUAAAGGAGAGAGGGAGGGGGGCUCGGACCCACAGGUCCAGGAGUGAACUAUAUAAGGUUCUGGCCACAAGAGACGAGCAGAACAACACGGGGGAGACGCAGCUGAAGCGCUCGUUGCUGCUCUGCCUGAAGUCUGCUGUCGCUCGGGAGCAGGUCUGAGGUGGAGCCCACCUGUGAAGCCCAAAGCAGCCGUUUGAGCCUGAGUGAGAGAAGAAAGAAAAUGCUGUGGAGGGUGGCUCUGGCCGUGGUGUGCGUCGGAGGCGUGUGCAGCAGCGUGAGAGCUGAUGUGAUGAGCAGGAUGAUGGUGCCCAGGGACUACGGGGUGAAACUGUGCGGCAGAGAGUUCAUCAGAGCUGUCAUCUUCACCUGCGGCGGCUCGAGGUGGAAACGAUCCACSGAGGGCGACGCAGACCCGUUCCAGUGGACCUCCCUCAGUGAUCUCCCAGCGGAAGACGACCGGCAGAGCUGGCAGCUCGACGCAGAGCGCUCUCCUCUCCCCGUCCCCUCCUCCUCCCUGUCAGACCUCCUGACCCUUUACAGAACCUCCGGCGACAGGCAGCGGUCCCCUUCGAGGGUCUCGGACACACCGGGCGGGUCGGUGGUUCUAGGAGAGCAGGAGGACGCCGCCGACUGGUUCGUGUCGAGCAGGAAGAAGAGGAACUUUUCUCUGGGCGUGGCGGGGAUGUGCUGCAGCCAGGGCUGCACCAAGAACGAUAUCGGUCGCUUGUGUUGAGGCAGGCGGGAGGGGAAGGGAAGGGGAGGGGAGGGGGGUUGAUGGUGCCACAUGUAGAUUUAGGCAGUGUACAGUGCUGAGGAGGAAAAUGCACCACGUCAGUCCAGAUUCGAGAUUUUCUCUCGUGGUUUUUUUUUUUCUUAUUUGAUAAUUUAUUAAACAGUUAUGUUCUGUAUGUAACGUCUGUCAUCUCUCCUGUGUCUUGGAAUAAAUUUAAAAACACUGUUAAUAUGAAAUGUUGAGCAGUGUCAUGUUCUCUAACUGCUUCUGUAUUUUUGCACAUUAGGGGGGGGUAUAUUUUCCAGGCACAUAGUUCGAUUCUGUACCAUAAUCAAGUAACUAUUUUACCAUCAGUUGUUAUGAAAAUGCUGUUUACUCAUAAAUAAAUUUGACUUUGCAUCAUCAUCUAUCUAAA